AUGAAAUUCAUAAAAUAUAUCUUGACAUUAACUGCUCUUAAUUUUUAUAUUAUUAAUUUAUCUAAAUGCAUUUAUGCAUUUGUUCCUCAAUCAAGAGCAGAACAUAAUGCGAUUCUUAUUGAUGACAAAGUUUACUUUUUGGUUAGAUGGUUUUAUGAUGGCAGUGAUGGUAGCCAUACCAAUAGUCAUUAUGUCAGUGACGCAUUAUUCUAUCUCAAUGUUUCAAUUCCUUUUACUUUAAAUAUUUCUUCAAUGCCUUGGACAGAUCUUUCCUCACUUCCAGGUUUAAUAAAUCAAACUGGAGCAUCAGUAUGCAUUGAUGCACAUCUCAAUAG